CUCUCGCACGUGAGCAAUAAUUGGUCCAUCUGGUACAGCUUUCUAUCGCUCUAGUUUAGAUCUUCUUUUGACGCUCAACACGUUAUGUGUUGAUUCUUUUCGCUUGAGUGUACUCUUUUUUUUGCACUUUGAUUUUUCCUCUUCUCUAUUGUUUUUUGUUCAAGCUCUUGUAUCAAGGAUCCUCCAAUUGUUCAGUUUUAUGGGGAAUACUUGUUUGUGAUUGGUAGCUAAGUGUGUGUGUGUGUGUGUGUUUUAUUAAAAUUGUUUAUAUCUUUCAAAGACUACCACAUUAGAGGUUGUGUCGGAAGAGUUCUACCUUAGCCGUGAUCACCAGUUAUAGUUCUCAUCAUUAUUUUGUAAACGUUUUUUGUUACAAAUCAUAUAUCCAUCAAGGCGUCAUAAUAUAUUUAGGAGAAGUAUCUUCACAUCAUUCAUUCAUUUAUUCAAUCGAAAGGAAUUCUUUAUAACAAGUUUGGAGUUCAAAAAGAUUACCUAUCUAAGAACUUACUUGUAUUUUUAUGCCCUAUCCAUAUCAAGAGGUCAAUAAACUCGAAAAACUAAUAAUAGAAAGAAGAAGAAAAAAUUAUAUCUAUCCAGAUCUCCAUUUGAUCAAUAGAUGUUUAGUCACGAAAUACCCCAACAUCAAGAUUUGGCAAGUUAUCAUGGCACUGUCAACAACCUCAAAGAUGCAGUUCUACUUAUAGAAGCUGUUCGGAUUGGAAGAUUACCCACUAUUACGAGGAGACUCAAUGGAUAUGAACGAGAGUAUAUAAAACCCCACCUGGUGUACGUUUGGAACGAAACAGAGUGUGGGUUGAAACGUUGGACAGAUGGGAAGAUAUGGAGUGCUUCCAAGGCCUCAGGUCCAUUUCUUGUAUACUCAGAACUUAAUAAAAAAUCCGAUACUGAGCCUAAACAUAAUGGUCUUAUCAAGCAGAGUUUUAGUUUGAAUACUAAGCAAAAUCAAAAGUUUCAUUUAAUUGCAUACACUUCAAAAGAUGGAGGAUCUUAUACUUCUAAUAUCCAUUCAACUUCAUCACCAUCUGCAUCGACGUCCUUAGCUGCUGCUGCAACAACGUAUCCACCGUCUUAUCCACCAUCCUCUUCAUCUUCAUCAUCUUCAUCUGCCUUUCGAUCUUCCUUGAUCAACUCUUCCUCCGCAUCCACAUCUUCCGACACUUCGAGAGACACGCCUUCAUCAGACCCAGCCUUGAACUGCUUACACUUGUCCCCCUCGGUCUAUCAAGAAAAUCUAUUAUCAUACAUUUAUAAUGGAAUCCCGGUCAUGGCAACAUUGCAUAACGUUAUUGAUGCACCUCCUAUACGGCGGUAUAACAAUGAUGAUGAAAAAAUUGUACAAACAUUGAACCGACAUUUCCAUAAAAGUUGGCCCUUUUGAUAAGGGUCGAGCCAUUGCCCCUUUCUUAGCUGUUGCUGCUGUUUUUCCUAUUGCUAUUAUUAUUACUAUUAUUAUUAUUAUUAUUACUAUUACUAUUAUAAUUAUUAUUAUUAUUAUUUUUUAUUGUUCAGAAUAAUCGGAUUGGUCUUUUAAAGAAUGUCAAACGU